AUGCGCUCCUCAACUCUUCCCGUCCUCGCUGCGCUCGCAGCAUCAUGCGCAGCGACUGAGACCGAGUUGCCGCCCGUCACUAGUGAAGCAUUACAGGCGCUCAUAUCGCUCGACGGGCUCACCAGCGGAGCACAACAGUUGCAGGUGAUCGCCGAUGCUGCAGGCGGGAACAGAGUCUUUGGUUCCAAAGGCCACAACGACACCGUUUACUUUCUCUACGACACCUUGCUUGCCACAGGCUACUACGAUGUCUACCUCCAAGACUUCGUCGAGCUGUUCUCCGGCGGAACCUCCUCGUUGACCGUCAACGGCGAGGCUAUGGAAGCCGACCUGUUCACCUAUGACAGUAGCGGCUCGGCGAGCGCGGACCUUGUGGCAGUGAGCAACCUGGGGUGUGAACUAGCGGAUUAUCCUCCGGAAUCGGCCAACGCGGUUGUGCUCAUCUCGCGCGGCGAAUGUCCUUUCGCACAGAAGGCAUCGAAUGCCGCCGCUGCGGGCGCUUUGGGCGCGCUGAUUUACAACAAUGUCCCCGGCGCCAUCUCCGGGGGGACGUUGUCAGAGCCAGGCGACUAUGCGCCAUCACUGAGCAUCUCGCAAGAGGAUGGCCUGGCACUCCUUGCGCAAGUCGAAGCCGGAACGCCUGUGGCAGUCGAGCUCGAGGUCAACGCCAUCCUUGAAAACCGCACCACCUACAACGUGAUUGCCGAGACGAAAGGCGGAGACCACGACAACGUGAUCGCCCUCGGAGCUCACACAGACUCGGUAGAAGCAGGCCCAGGUAUCAACGACAACGGCUCCGGCACCAUCGGCAUCCUUAAUGUGGCACUUGCGCUAACCAGGUUCACUAUCACGAACGCCGUGCGAUUUGGCUUCUGGAGCGCCGAGGAAUUCGGCCUCAAAGGCAGUACAUACUACGUCUCAACCCUCAACCAAACUGCCGGCGAAACAGCCAAGGUCCGCGCGUACCUCAACUUCGACAUGAUCGCCUCACCGAACUACGCCUACAUGAUCUACGACGGCGACGGGUCCUCCUUCAACUUGACCGGCCCGCCGGGUUCCGCGGAGAUCGAGGCCGACUUCGAGGCCUUCUUCACGUCCGCCGGCCAGAACUUCACCGCCACGGCCUUCGACGGGCGCUCCGACUAUGGACCUUUCCUCGAGAACAACAUCCCCGCGGGAGGUCUGUUCACCGGUGCCGAAGACCCAAAGACCCCCGAGGAGGUGGCCAUGUUCGGAGGCACCGCCGACGUGGCUUACGACGCCAACUACCACCAACCAGGCGAUACGAUCGACAAUAUCGCCUGGGAUGCGUUCCUGCUGAACACCAAGGCCAUUGCCAAUUCUAUCGCCCUGUAUGCUACCGAUCUGAGCAAGAUUCCGCCGGUCAGUGCAACAGCCCUGCCAAAGCGCGCUCGCAGCGUUGAUGUGAGGGGUGCUGUUCGCAGUACGCCCAGACAGAAGAGGGCCUCGGGCAUUAAGAGCCACGCGUGUACCAGAAGGGGGCACGUGCUGAAUAUCUAG